AUGGAGCACUAUUUGCAUCAACAACACAAUCAAUUAAAGAUGGACAACAACAUUUUUGUAACCUCAAAAUACACAACUGCAGGAACCACUCUUUUGACACAAGCGCCAUUAGCUUCGGUGCCGUUCCCUUCGGAACGAUUCGACCGAUGUAACUAUUGCUUACGAAAAGGGAAUCUCCAAUGUUGCUCAAAAUGCCAUGCCGCCUACUUUUGCAGUCAAGAUUGCUUUUUGAAAUCAUGGAUCCAUUUUCACAGAGGUUUAUGCGGCUCGCCAGAUUACGGCAAGGAUGCUCUUUUGGAUGUCAAUCAAUGGUUGUUGGACCGCGCUGCAUUGACCUUGGCCAGCCACGAUACAUUGCCCACCACCACCAAAUCAAGUGCUCAGGUGCAAGCAUUUCAUCAGUUGGAAGUAGUGGCAGCAGACAGUACCGUAGAUCAGUCGAUGAUGCAAAAGACAUUGGACAAAUUAAAGCCCACUGCAAGUUACACAUUGUCAGAAAUGGCCACUCUCUGGCAGCGUGUGCAGAUCUCAUCAUUCCCAAUCACAGACUCUGAAAUGCAGUUGGAUCCCGUUGCUAUUGGCAUCUAUCCCAUCACAAGCCAGUAUGUGCGCCAUUCAUGCCGACCCAACGCAGGUGUCAUAUAUGAACAAGGUCAUCAGCUCAUCAUUGCCCUGGAAGACAUUCCACCAAAUACACCCAUCACGAUCAGCUACAUUGAUCUCAUUGCAACAAAGCGUCAGAGACAGGAGGCACUAAAGGCAAGAUUUGGCUUUGAUUUCCAGUGCGAUUGCAUUCGCUGUCAAGGGGAGUAUGCAGGAUUGGAUGUUUUACUAGAACGGGACACAGCCAUGUCAGACGAGGAGCUGGAGCGAGCAUUGAUAGAGCAACUGAGAGCGUGGAAUGUGCUGGAGAUGGUAAAGGAAUACGGCAUCAAGGACGUAGCCCUGCCGCUGGAAAGCCUGGAUCUACCGCAUUUGGCACAUUUCAUCUGUCGAAUGAUUGCACCCGACAUUUACGUACCUGCCUUCAGUAACAUUGGCACGAAGAAAUCCACAGCAGCCAUAUAUUACGAUAAACUGUCGCCAUUGACUCAAGUUGGAUAUACGCGCGAGGAGGACGCCAGGCGCAUUCUACCCGCCAUCAACGCACUGUUGGAUAUACCGCCCUCCCCUUUUCUGACCAUCCGAGCCAUCAAAGUAGCCGAAAAAGUGCUUUUUCGAUGCAUUGCCGAAUCAAGUUGGGUGGAAGCUUCACGUUGCACCAUUUACCUGUACAUGGUGUAUCGAUUGAUGUAUCCUACGCUCUACCCCAAGAUGGUGUAUCACGGUUUACUCAUGUCGAGAGCAAGCUGGAAUUCGCUAGUGCAAUUGGAAUUGGCAGGCAUUGGCAAGAAAUUAGAGCGUGUCUAUGAAACCGGUGUUUCGUUGUGGAUUCAAGUAGCCAAGGCCUCCGUGUCAAUGACAUUUGGAAGAAACUCAUCGUUGUGGAGAGAGGUGGUUGAGAUUCAAUGGCUAUUUGAAAGAGACCAAAAAUUGAAAUAA